AGCUGAAGCUAUUGCACGAAAAGAGCUGCUCGCAGCCGCAGCACAGCGAAUAUCUCUGCGCUCUCUGCCAGGACUGUGGAGUGUGCAAAGGAGAGAGAGAGAGAGAGAGAGAGAGAGAGGGAGAGAGGGAGCCAGAGGAGAGGAGAGGUGGAGGGAAUACGGUUGGAUUUGGAUACAACUGGAAAACUACCAAGCGCGCACAGCACGCACCGAGCGGAAGGCAAAUCGACGGUGCGUAGCCAACAUUUCACCUACUCCCCGUACCCCCUUGCGAGCGGAUUCGGCCGAGAAUGGAGCUCCCCGCCGCCGGAGAGCACGUCUUUGCGGUGGAGGGCAUCGAGAAGAAGCGCAUUCGGAAGGGCAAGAUAGAGUACCUGGUCAAGUGGCGAGGCUGGUCUCCCAAGUACAACACAUGGGAACCAGAGGAAAACAUCCUUGACCCGCGGCUCCUGGUCGCAUUUCAACACAGAGAGAGGCAGGAGCAGCUGAUGGGAUAUCGUAAGCGGGGGCCGAAACCAAAACAUCUUUUACUGCAGGUUCCCUCAUUUGCACGAAGAUCCAGCAUCCCUGCAGGUUUUGAGGAAACAUCUCCUGAUGCAGAAAGCAGCCCCAAGUCUGAUCCCGUCCAGGUCCAGCGCUCCCAGCCCCAGCAGUACCAGCUGAACAGCAAGAAGCACCACCAGUACCAGCCCAGCAGCCAGGAGGUCCCUGCUGACCAGUUCACCAGCAGCAAGAAGAAGUUCAUCUACCAGCUGAACAGCAAGAAGCACCACCACUAUGAGCCCGACCCCAACAUGUACGACGCACAGGCCUCCCGGCUCAAAGAGGUGGUCAAAGUUCAGGAACCUGUCAGUAAACCGGCAAAUCCCGGCUGGAACUUACCUCUGGCCCUGCAGCAGAAGUGGGUCCGAGACAAAGACACCGGCUGCCUGAGCAAAGUCAAAGAGCUGGCAGUGGAAGUGAGGAAACCGGCUGUGAAGGAGGCAGAGAGCGAGCAGGCCCUCAAACCCAACCCUAAAGACGCAACCCUGCCGAGUUCUAUCAGCAGCAAAAUGAAGAUAAUCAAGAAUAAAAACAAGAACGGGCGAAUUGUUAUCGUCAUGAGCAAAUAUAUGGACAGUAACAAGGUUCAUGGAGCAAAGGGGAAACACGGGGAAUCAUCGCGAGAGGAGAAACCCCAAAACACCAAACCGUCGGAGAACAAUCCAGCACACAGAACCAAAAUGGCAGAGCACCCGGAGAACGGUAUCCCCAAAGAGAUCUGCAGCGGCAGCUCCCUCGCUGCUGCAGAACAUCCCAUAAAAUGUUCCCCGAAGGACAGACAAUUCUCCAAACCUUCCCCAAGCACAGCCGAGGAAUACAACACCGAAGUGGCUCGUGGUCAGGCGGACUUACCGGAUGAUUUGCCCCUACAGCUCACCGCCAGCUCUCCUCCGACAUCCUGGACUGUCGACACCAACAUCCUGACACCAACAGCCGUCGACCAGAUCAGGAUCCCGUCUUUUCCUGGCGACCGAAAGAGGAAACUCUCGGAUCCGGUGGAGGACCGGAGCGUUGCUAAAAUCUACCUGACUUCGAGGAGCUUCAGCGUGCCGAGCACUGUGGCGACGCCGCCUCAGGACAAACCCAUGGACCUCCACUGUAGCGGAUCUCGGCAAAGCAGUUUAUGUUCAUACGAGGCUCUUGGCAGCCAGGAGGAGCCGAUGGACCUGAGCUGCCCAAAGCCUAAGAAGCAGGUUGAACCAGAAGCUCAGCCUGAACCUGUACCUGAACCUGAACCUGAACCUGCUGUCAGAGACUCACCUCCUGUGACUGACGACACACAAACAUCCACAACAGAGAAAUCUAAAGAAGCACCUGUUAAAAAAGUCUCUCCGUUUAUGGGAAAUAUCAUCAUCACUGACAUCACGACAAACAGUCUCACCGUCACGUUCAAGGAAUACGUUUCUUUCUGAGAAACUGCUUAUUCAAUGGGACUACCGGUGACUGGGUGGACGAUCCUGUUAAUAUGUGCAUAUGUAAAAAAAACUAAACAAAACAAGAAAAACAUCAGAAUUUUGUAUAUAUGGAAAUUUAUAAUUUAUCAUUCAAAUUCAAUAUGUUUCUUAUAAUGUUUUAUACUGUAACUCCUCUGUGAUGUUGUAGCCAAGAAAGUGCCCUCGAGGAUUUGAGCGAAUGCAUUCAGGUGGAAGUAUUCCACUUUUGAAAAAUAAAAAAAUCAGUUAUUUGUCAUAUGGAGCUUAAUGGGAUACUUUUGCUGUUGUUUCAUACCCGUACCAAACGUAUAGCCUGAGAUAUAUGAAGGUUUAUACAUAUUUUGUACUAAUUAUAUCACUUAUUUUGGUCCUGAUAGAAGCUAGACAGGAACUUGUUGACUAUAUGGUGAUCGAAGAUCAAAUUGAAAGCACUUAACUACAUUUUCGUACGUUUGCUUCGUGUCAUUACUAGUGGAGAAACAGCAAGUCUUAUUUAACUGAUUCUUUUUAAUAUAUAUAUCUACAUAUAUAUAUAGACAGAUACCCUCAGAUUGGAUUGGCAUAUUUAGUUACAUGUUUUGUUUGUGGCUUGUUUAAGAAAAAUGAUUAGCCAUGGCAUGCAAAUUUAGAAAACAGGUGUGUCUGAGUACAAUAUAAACAACUCACUCAACCUGAAAGCAACGUCCAGGGCUCUUAUUUUGACAAGCUGUUGUUUCAUCGGUGAGAUAUUGCACAUUUUUGGGACUAAAAUAUGACACGUACAUUCUCAAAGUCCAGUUACCAUUAAGAAAAUUGCAUCAUUUAUCAUUAAACAUCCCCCGUUAAGAUGAUGUAUGACUUCCACCAUAAUUAGGUUGUGAUUUAUUAGCGUGCCGUUGACCUCACACACUGCUGGAGUUAAAAUACCUGCUGUCGUCUUGUUAGGAGACGCAGAUUUUACAACAUUCAUCUCAUAUCUCUGUCGAUGUGAAGAACAUGUGAGCACUGUUUGUCUCAGAAGAAGCUACCAGGGUCGCUGAUGAGAGAUUAAAUGUGAGUUGCGAGGCUUACUGUGUAUAACUGUUACAUGCAAUCCAAUGGGUGCGAGCCGUUUUGAUUAUGCUGCUGAGAAUUCAAUUAUCAAAGCUGUUGGAUGUAACCUACAUUUGAGUCUAAAUGGCCUUCUACGCACAUUUAAUGCAAAACCAGUGAGAAUGCUAAAAUGCUAUAAUGAUAAGAAUAAAAAAUGAAGAGUGCAUAUUUAUUGAAGAUGUUGUUCAAGCAGUUACCAGAUGUUUGCUGCAUCUGAAGCUGCGGUUUCACCUCCAAUCCGUUUGCUACUUUCAUGUUUUUGUUUUUGUUUUUUUUGCUUUGUUUUGCUCACUCUUCUUUGCACUCAGUUCUAAGUCUAAAUGAUUGUUCUAAAGUACCAGGAGGUGGCUGACGUGUUGUUGUUGGCACAGCUUGUUGGAUGGUAUGUUUCACAAUAAAGAAAGAGAUUUGA